CAAACAGCAGUCCAACAAUCUUAUUAUUUAUAUUUAUGUCCUUCCAACUCGCCCAUCCCCUUUAAAGUUCAAGUAUCUUGUACCAGUGAGUCACUCAUCCACCCUUUCAAGAGUAUAAUCAUAGAAAUUCUUUAAAGCUUUGUGUUUUCGGCACAACGACAUUCCAAUACAAUCUAAGAAUCACAGAGACACCCUCCAGUCCCAGGAGGACCGGGGAACAGGUUUGGCUAGAAAAAAAAGUUUUCCUCAUGUGAUGGGCACCCUACCAAUCACACAGCACUUUCCUCAAACAACCUGGGCUCUUUAAAGCCCAGCGGAGGUGGGAGAAAGGGGCUUUUUUGGCUUUGCAGGUGGGUCGGGAUUUCUGCUGGGAAGCAUCACAAGAAGGGAAAGAUUCUUUGAAGAACCACAGAGUCAGUAACCCCAGCAAGAGAAGGCACUAGUACAGGUUGCAUGAAGAAUUAAAGAUGGCAAAAAGUGUUGAUGGCAUACACAUCUUGCAGGGUCUAUUAGUCUUCGGGAAUGUGGUCAUUGGGAUGUGCGGCAUUGCCCUGACAGCAGAGUGCAUCUUCUUUGUGUCCGAUCCUCAUGGUCUCUAUCCUCUGCUGGAAGCUACAGAAAAUGAUGACAUCUAUGCUGCUGCCUGGAUUGGCAUCUUUGUUGGCUUUGCACUCUUUGCUCUGUCUAUCCUUGGUAUCAUUGGAGUCAUUAAGUCCAACAGGACCUUGCUGCUGGUGUAUAUUAUCCUGAUGCUGAUCACUUAUGCAUUUGAAAUGGCUUCUUGCAUCACGGCAGCAACUCACCGAGACUUCCUCACUCCAAAUGUCUUCCUGAAGCAAAUGCUAGAGAGGUAUCAGAAGUCAGAGGCAGACAAUAACAAUGACAAAUGGAUGACUGAAGGGGUCACAAAGACAUGGGAUAAACUCAUGCUUCAGAACCAGUGCUGCGGGGUGCAGGGCCCCUCCGACUGGCAGGAGUACACGUCCGCCUUCCGCGACACGCACAGCGACGCCGAAUACCCUUGGCCGCGCAACUGCUGUGUCAUGGACGCCCAAGGGUCUCCUGUCAACCUCGAUGGCUGCAAGCUCGGAGUCCCCGGCUACUAUAACAGCAACGGUUGUUACGAUGCUAUUUCCGGGCCAAUGAACACACAUGCCUGGGGUGUUGCCUGGUUUGGUUUUGCCAUCCUCUGCUGGACUUUCUGUGUUCUCCUUGGUACCAUGUUCUACUGGAGCAGAAUUGAAUACUGAAGGCCCUGUGUCCUCAGCACUGUCCUGAAGCACCGUGUGAAACUGCAUUUGUUCGUCUCCUGCUCGAUUCAACUUGUGCCACGGAGGACUUGAAGUUUUCCCGCUACCUCUCCCAUAUAUACUUUUUCCCCUCCAAAAAGUUGACACAGAGAGCUGAUGACUCCAGGAAAGAAUCUUCUUGUCCCUUCUUUGCCCCUUGUUCUGCAGCCUUAAUGCCUCCUGGCUGAGGCACAUCCUUCUUUUGUUGUUCAAGGAAUUCUUGGAGCAUAAGAUAAAAAGUGAUCUGAUUUGUCCUGUGAUGACAUCAGAACGGGAAAUGUCCAUAUAUGCUUGCUCCAGAAAAAUGUCUCUUUAAAACUAGGUUGAUGUAAAUCAUACUGUUAAAGGCUCUAGAAAGGGCUAUGUGAGCAAAACUGUAACCUCCUGUGACCAAUAAAGACGGAUAGAAGGGAGAAGACUGCAAACCUCUCUGAUAUAUUUUAUCGUUCAACUUCUGUUCUUGGUCUCUGUCACCCCUUGCCUUAGAAUAAGGCAGAUUCUCUAAAAUUUUAAGUGUGUCAGCAGUAAAGACGUGUCACAGGAAAAAUGUCUGUUGCUAGUGAAGCCCAAUAAAAGGCUAGCUCACUCCUCAGCAA